ACAGAAAACUCACAAGCGCAAAAAUAUGGAAAUUGAAACCGCAUUUCUCUAUACGAAAGCAAGAAUAAUCGUUGAUGGCGUUACGAGGAGCAAUCUCUGUUGGAAGACGUUCAAACACCCGCCUCUUCUCCGUCCCUCGUCAUUUCCCAACAUCACACAAUGUCUCUGCUUCAAUCCCUUUGCUCAAGCCAUCCCCUAUUCCUCGCUGUAAAUCGGGAGUGAGAUUUUCAAUUCGAGCAGUAAAUGGAUCAGUUGUGGAUAGUAAGCCUCUGAAUAAAGAAAGUGGGGAGGGAUCAUCUGAGAAUUGGAAGGUUAAGAUGCUUUAUGAUGGGGAGUGUCCUUUAUGCAUGAGGGAGGUUAAUGUGCUGAGAGAGAGCAAUGAAGGAUACAGAACUAUUAAAUUCGUGGACAUAAGCUCGGAUGAGUACAGUCCAGAGGAUAAUCAAGGCCUUGAUUACGAAACUGUAAUGGGACGAAUCCACGCAAUUCAAUCAGAUGGGACUGUUGUGAAAGAUGUUGAGGCAUUCAGAAAACUUUAUGAAGCUGUUGGUUUGGGAUGGGUUUAUGCCAUUACAAAAUAUGAACCUAUUGCAAGCAUUGCAGAUGCUGUGUAUGGAGUUUGGGCUAAAUAUCGUCUUCAAGUCACAGGCCGACCACCACUAGAAGAAGUUUUGGAGGCAAGGAGGAAAAAGAAGGAAAUGUGCGAAGACAGCAAGGUUUGUAAAAUGUAGAUGCAAAGCAUUAUGAUUCUCAGGCAUUGCAAUAACAGGGCUGCGUAUUCGCUUUUGUAUAAGUAUUAAGCUUUACAACAUACGAUGUAUAUACAUAUUAGUAACUAUGUUACAUCUUUUUUGUAUUAAAAGGUUUCUGUCUAUGCUUCUUGUUU